AUAAGAGUGGCGGCAAUCAUUACAUUGACAUUUUUUAAAGAAAUUAAUUAAAUAAUUUUAUAACAGUCCAUCUAAUUGCAAAAGCUGAAAUCGCUCGCAGACACCAAGUCGAGCACAGUGUUGGACAAUCGAGGAGACCCAGACGGAGGAAAUCGACAUUCCGCAGACCAAAGCAUUUCCUGGCAAAUGAAUGGGAGGGGGGCGAAAACUGAGCAGGCCAUGCUGGUCCUCGCAUCCUGUCCCUGAGUUAAAAAUGCGGAACUACUGGAAAAACCUUUGGCGAGUACUGGACUCCCUUACUGACCCACCUAAACGAUCGGAGGACAAAGUUUUCCUGAGCGAUUACACAAGUCGUCUGAGCCUGGUGACCCAUUUAAGUCUGCAAAGCGAACGACGAGCUCCCCGAUUUGUGAUUCCAUCUACACGGCGCCAUGUGACUUUUUCGCCCAGCACUUUGAGGCACCUGGAAAUCCGAAUGGCGGUACAGCAGGCGGAAACCUCUGCCUUCCAGAAUUUCGUGCGGGAGAUGUACGAUGGCUAUUACCAACUAUUACUCGCACAGGAGAGAGAGCUAACCGGCUUUCAGCCAGAACAACAGCCGGUCAAUCGAAGGCUGGGACUCAAGGACCUCGGGAGACUCCAGAAAGUGGCCAGUGACCUGUGGAAUCAAAUGGACGGGGAGCGAAAACAACAGUACAAGGAUCUGGCCAUGAUGGCACUGCAUCGCCGAAGCCUACGUCUGCCCCCCGAUCCUCAUCGCAUACCACCACACCUCAAGAGAUCCACCAAAAAAGUGACGAAAUAUAAACCAACUUGUUUAUAUCCCUGAACUAAAUUAAGUGCGAUUUUUCUGAUUAAAGAAUGCUUAAAUGGUUGGUGGAUAUAUUUCUUGACCAACU